GUCUUCCCCCACUCUUUCUCCUUCCAUCUCUCUCCAUUUUCCCCCACUCUCUCUCUCUCCCUAUCCUAAAAUAUUCCCUCAUUUUCAAAUUUUGCUCAACAAUUUCAUUUCUAAGUCAAAGUUUUUGCCUUUGUCUUGGUGGAUUUUGAUCUAAAGUUUUCUUUUUUGAGGUUAAUUUGUUGAAAUCUUCGGAUCUGUAACUGGGUUGUGAAGAAUCUGUUUUUGGGGUUGUGGGAGUUGUUGAUUUGGUGAAAUUUUUGGAUCUGAAAGUGGGUUUUGAAGAAUUCGUUUCUGGCGUUGUGGGAAUUUUGUAUUGAUUGACUUUUGGAUUUCAAGUUCAGUUUUUUUUUCUCGAUGUCGUCAACGUAUUGGUGUUAUAGAUGCAAUAGGUUUUACAGAGUAUGGAGCGAGGAAUCGAUUACUUGUCCUGAUUGUAACACGGGAUUUGUUGAAGAAAUUGAGGCUCCGACCCGAUCCACGUUGUCCGGGUCACGGCGUCGGCGUUUCCCUCCGGCGGUGAUGCAGACGGCAGCGCGGAGUACGGAUCAGUCUCCAGCUUCGGGUUAUGGUUCUGGGUCAAGUCCGGGUGUUCGUAGGAACAGGAGGAAUACUGGUGACCGGUCGCCGUUUAAUCCUGUGAUAGUCCUUCGUGGUUCUACCAAUGGAGGUGGUGCGGGAGGGGAAGGUGGAGGAGGCGGUGGAGGAGGGGGGUUUGAACUGUAUUAUGAUGAUGGAACCGGGUCGGGUUUGAGACCUUUACCUACGAGUAUGUCUGAGUUUUUACUCGGGUCGGGUUUCGAUAGGCUUUUGGAUCAGCUAGCGCAGAUUGAAGCUAAUGGUAUUGGAAGAAUGGAGAAUCCACCAGCUUCAAAAGCUGCAAUUGAGUCAUUGCCAACAAUUGAGAUAAUUCAUUCUCAUAUUGUUGCUGAAUCUUGUUGUGCAGUUUGUAAAGAGGCAUUUGAGUUAGGCACUGAGGCCCGCGAAAUGCCCUGUAAACAUUUAUACCAUUCAGAUUGCAUACUCCCAUGGCUUUCGUUGCGCAAUUCGUGUCCAGUCUGUAGGCAUGAAUUGCCCUCGGAGAGUCGGGAUGUUGUCGAUCCGAAUAGAGCACCAAGCGAACAGAGUGAGCAGAGUGUAGCAACAAAUAAUGAGGUGGAAGAAGCUGUUGGAUUGACAAUAUGGAGAUUACCUGGUGGUGGAUUUGCUGUUGGGAGGUUAGGUAGGAGAGGUGGGGAGAGAGCUCUUCCUGUUGUAUUCACUGAAAUGGAUGGUGGUUUCAAUAAUAACAACAAUAAUGGAGUUCCAAGGAGGAUUUCAUGGGGUUCUAGAGGAAGCGAAUCGCGACAAAGUGGUGGCUUUAGGAGGUUUUUUGGCAACUUGUUUUCGUGUUUCGGUGGUAUUGGUUCAUCAGGGUCAAGCUCUAGUUCAGAUUCUAGGAUAAAUCAGAGCAGAAGUAGUUCAAUGUCAUCUGUCUUUCUUGCUACAGCAAGAAGGCGCAGAGGCUGGGGUUUCGAAGCUAAUAAUGGAGUUAGAAGAUGGUAAAUUGAGUACCGAUGGACACGACAAGUUUUAUCAUCAUUGUAAAUACCCUGGAAGUGAAUGCUGGCUCUUCAAUGGCAAGCAAGAAUUUAUUUUUGAUAUUUAUUAAGAUGAUAUUUAUGCAAAUGAAUUGAAGAUCCUAUAGCAGGGGAGGAUGACAUUGGAAUAUAUUAGUGUAAUUUUUCCAUAUUCUGAGGGACCUGCUAGCCUGCUGUCUGCUUAGCUCAAUUAUAUGUGGCCUCCAUUGUCUUAAUACACACUCAGUAGUGGAGAUCAUUUGAGGCUCUUUGCUAAAGGACAGAGAUUACCAGAAUGCUGAUAAAAGAAAGGGAAGCGUAAGGCCGGAUGUCGUUGAGCAUUUGAUUUUAUAUCUCCUUUAAGACUCAAAAGUCGUCGUUGGAUGUUGUUUCGUUUUCUUGAUAUGGAAGAGGACGUUGGGGGUGCAAAUCUUGCGUAUAUACACCAUUAUCAACUGCAUCGCGUGCCUUGGCGUUUGUUUGAGUAUGUUAUGUUUGAAAAAUAAGCUAGCAUUGGACUUAUUUUCAGUGUAACUAUGGCAUUUGGAUGGGAAAAGGUUCAUAUAGGCAAUACUGAUAAAGUGAAGAUUCAUCUAGUCGACUUCAAUUGACUUGAUAUCAACCAUGGGCGACGUUAGGGAAUUCAUUCGACUCUCCUUUAUUGAAAAUUUGCGUUGCGUCUAUGGUUAAAAUUACUUAUACGUUAUAUAUGAUAUGUUGUUUGCGUUCA